CGGUCCCGCCGCGGCCGGGCCGUGCGCACUGCGCGCCGGGGUCUUCUCGGAGAGCCGGUCGCGGCGCCCACCGGGGACGAGUGCCCAGCGCCCCGCGCCGCCUCGGGCCGUCCCCGCCCUUCCGUCGUUUGCACGCGAGCGUCGGCUUUGGCGGUGCGCGCCGCUGUGGCCGUCCGCACUGCGUUCAGCUGAGGUCCCUCAGAGACGGUCCCCGGUCCCCGGCUCCUGUGCCACUGUGCAGACACUGACAGCGUGCGCCCCGAAUCCUGGCCGCCCGGGUCCCAGGAGCUGGCCUCACCACAGUGCCCGAGUUCCGGUCCGCCGGCGGGAUGGAGGACGACGACUUCGGCGGCUUCGAGGCCGCAGAGACCUUUGAUGGUGAGCAAGGCGGAAGCCACGCGGUGUCUCCUGCUGUGCCCUGGGCCACCUUUCCUGCAGUAUCCGGAGUCGGUCUCGCAGCAGCCUCUCCGGAGCUCGUCCUGGACCAUGACCGCUCGCCCCCUUCCUCGGGCCACCUCCCUUCAGACACCAUCCUCUCCUCGCCAGACGACACGCGCGCGGACAGCAGCCUCGUGAGCCAGAGCCUCCCGAAAGCUCAGAUUCAGCAGUCAGCGCACACACAUCUGAAUAUCCCGCUCUUCCCCCUGGGGCUGGCAGCCGAGCCGAGCCAUGGGGCAGUCACUCUGGAGGACGAGGCCGAGGGUCCAGGGGCUGAUGCGUCCAGCACUCAGCUCCAGCAAAAAAUCUCAAAUCUGGAGACGAAGCUUAAGGCAUCUGAAGAAGAAAAACAGAGGAUUAAAAAGGAUGUGGAAUCGCUGAUGGAGAAGCACAGUGUCCUGGAGAAAGGCUUUCUGAAGGAGAAGGAGCAAGACGCUGUGUCCUUCCAGGCCAGAUACCGAGAGCUUCAGGAAAAGCAUAAACAAGAACUGGAAGACAUGAGGAAGGCUGGACACGAGGCGCUGAGCAUUAUUGUGGAUGAGUAUAAGGCACUUCUGCAGUCUUCAGUGAAGCAACAGCUAGACGCCAUCGAGAAACAGUACGUGUCUGCCAUCGAGAAACAGGCUCACCGCUGUGAGGAGCUGCUGCACGCCCAGCACCAGCGGCUCCUGGGCGUGCUGGACACCGAGAAGGAACUGCUGAGAGAAAAGAUCCAAGAGGCUUUGAGGCAGCAGUCUCAGGAACAGAAGGAAACACUGGGAAGGUGCCUGCAGGAGGAACUGCAGAGGAACAAGGAGACACUGGAGUCAGCAGUGAAGCUUGAGAAAGAAGCUAUGAAAGAUAUCGUCACCAAAGCAGUGGAAGAAGAAAGGAAAAGUCUGGAGAAAGUUCACGCGGAAGAAAGGGAAAUGUGGAAGACAGAACAUGCGAAGGAUCAAGAAAGGGUGGCGGAGGCGAUCCAGGCUGCUGUGCAGGAGCAGCGGAGGAUAAGUCAGGAAGCUGUCAAGGCAGCCAUAAUGGAGGAGCAGAGGCGAAGUGAGAAGGCCAUGGAGGAAGCAGUGAAGAGGACGCGAGACGAGCUGGUGGAGUACGUGCGGGAGCAGAGGCGGCUGGACCAGGUGACCCGACAGCGCAGCCUGUCCAGCCUGGAGCUCUUCCUGUCAUGCGCCCAGAAGCAGCUGAGCGCCCUGAUCGCCACAGAGCCGGUGGACAUCGAGUAACGGCCAGCCCAGCCCGCCCCCCGCCCGCGCUCACGCUUCCUGUCCCGAGCAGAAGAGCCAGUGCUCUCUGACCACGGAGCCUGUUGACCUUGAAUAAAGGAAGCAUGACGGGCUCCUGGCCCACCCAUGUGUCAGUCACUGACUUCUGAGGUAGAUGCUGUGUCCUGGACAGAGGCUGUUUCUGUUUAAAGGAGCCGGGCACUGUCUGGAGCUGCCAGCAGCUGCAACAUUAGUGUAAGUAGCCAGCGCUCAUCGGUGAACAGGACAGCUUCCGGUGGGCGUGUUAGCCAGUGCUCAUCGGUGAACAGGACAGCUUCCCAUGGGCGUGUUAGCCAGCGCUCAUCGGUGAACAGGACAGCUUCCCGUGGCGAUGACCCGUGUUAGGCGAAGGAAAACCUCCUGACCGCCUCGUGGUGAUGCGUGGGAGCUGCCCCUGUGUUAGCACACACGCACGUGACUCUGGGUAGAGUGGACGCUGACACGAUCGCUGUGUGACUGACCGGCCUCUGCUCCACAGGUGACCGUGUUUCCAUCCAUUUCCCAGACAUGAGCACUAGCUGGCCAGCUGUGAGCAGCUGCAGGUGAACGGGGGUGUGGCACAGGCUUGCUUCCUGAGCUUUCAUCAGACGCUCUGUAAAUCAUUUUCAUAAUUAAUCUCUGGAAGGAACAUAACUCAGACAUGUAGACACCUGUUUAAUCAAAUAUCAGACAUGCGGGUAAUCGGGAUGUCCUUAAUCCAUGGCAGAGCGCUCCACUGUGGAAUCAUGAGCAGCGGAGCGUCAGAGCCAACACGGAGGUGCCUCUGUCUCACCCUGAAAUGCUUCUGCCUCCAGGGGCUUUGUACUUUUCUGGGAUUUCUCAGUAUAAUAAAAGGAACUCCAAAUGGUU